CCGUCUGUGAUCGCCUGUGCAAAAACGAGAUGCGAGUGCGUCGAUUUUCCACAUUUCAGCGGGUACGGCGUAUGCGGCGAUCGAGGGCCUCGCGUCCGUUUACUCAGCGGUGCCGCGAUUCUUCUAGAAAAAUGAAAAUUUUAAUCGCUCGCAACCAGCUGUUCGCAGCUCGAUGAGAAAAAAUACAGUGCGCUCACGUUUCGGGGAAGACGAAAACGAAAACUUCACCGAUAAAUCAACGGCACGAUAUCAGGCAACGCCGUCCUAAGUCUACUUCGAGUUAGUCACCUGAUUGGCGUUUAGCAACGUGUUGUACCUACACGUUGAGUUGGGUUUUCGGUAAAAGAAACGACGGCAAAUUUCAUUACAGAACAUUCGAUACCGAUACAAAUUUAUGAUAAUUUAUUCUCUUCUCACUUGAUUCAAGUGUACGAAAUACAUCAUCGUUUCCACUCGACAAAUAAUAUUCGACUGACUUUGCCGCCAACAUUUCGACGUUUAAGGUGAAUAUAGCGAUGUGCCGAUGUCAACGUGUCCGUAACUCAGUUGAAGAUCAGUUAUAGUCUAAGGAUGAACGUGAUGAAAAGCGGGUUCUGAAAAAAACUUCUUACUACGAGAUCCAAACAUUGUUCAGGCGUCGAAAAUCGAGAUGUCGAAGCACAGCUACCAAGCCCUACCUACAACGGACGAAAGCCCGAAAAAUUCACCGUUGCCAGUCCUCCGUCUCAGGAACAAUUUGGCUCCUCCACUGGUUCCCACCUAUCGAAAAUCUCCAUCUCCCAUGGGAUCGACGGAGUGCAUACUUUCGGGACCGACGAACUUGAAACGACGUGCCGACCGACGGCUCAUGCGUCUCAACACCGAACUUCUCCAAGCGGUUGUCGAUGGAAAUUUGGAAGAAGUUGGACGCUGCAUCGAGCACGACGCCAACGCGAACGCGACCUGCAAACCGCAGCGAAUUUCCAGUUGUCAUAUAGCGAGUUUUUUGGGACACACCGAGAUUCUCAGACUCCUUAUCAAGAAUGGAGCCGAACUCGGUAACCGAGAUGCUUCGGGGAGGACGGCGUUGCACUUGGCUGCCUGGGAGGGAAAUCCGGACUGCUUAAAACUGCUGCUCGACCACGCUUCGGAACUCGUCAAUAUCACGACAGAGGAAAUCGCAGUCAAAGACAGGAUCCCGUCGCAAUGGAUCGAUUCCUGGGAUCACGAUCACGCCUCGGUGAUCGACAUGCUUCCAGUGUUAGAAUUCGGAAGUACGCCCCUUCAUGUGGCAUGCAAACGCACGGAACUUAUCUGCGUGCAGCAUCUUCUCGCCGCUGGUGCCGAACUUGAAAAAGUUGACAGUCGGGGUCUGAGGCCGCUCGACGUCGUCGGUGAAAAUUUGAUAGAAAAUCGCGAAGAGGGAGACGUAGAAUUCAGGUACCCCGGGGUGAUCAGGGCCCUGAUCGCGGCUGGGGCACAGCACUACCUGUUUCCGGAUUAUGGUCAUCAGGGCUACACCGUGACUCCUCUUCACACGGCUGUGGAACUCGAGUCUCUCGACGCGAUAACGGUUCUAUUGAACGCUAAUUUUCCGAGAUCGGUUUGGAACGUGAACGGAGACACUCCGAUGCAUCUGUCGAUCACUAAGCGACUCAAGGAACCGUUGAAGCUGCUGGUGAACACAGCGAACAACGAGAGCCCACCGAAUUAUCUCGAUCCAAAAAAUGACGUGGGACUCACCCCCUUGCAAUUGGCUGUGAGGCAAAAUUGGGUUCCCGGUGUUAGCAUCGUUCUCGAAGCCGGCGCAGAUGUCACGGUGACCUCGAAGGACGGGUACACGGCGUUGCACCUUUCCGCCGCUAGCGGAAACCUCGAAAUGAUGCAGGAAAUAUUGAGUAUUCCUGAUUCGCACAGCAUAAUCGAAGUGAUGAACCAUCUAGGAGAGACUCCCCUAUUUUGCGCGAUUUCCGGUGGUAACGUGAACUGCGUGAAGGAAAUUCUGAACGCCGGAGGGAGCGUUAGGCACAAAUUGCACGGCGAAGUGACGGUUUUUCACCGAGCGGCCGAACACGGGCAUUCGGAGAUCCUCCAGGUUCUUCUGGACGAAGAUCCCGCGGUAACGAAACUCCUGAUCAACGCAAGGGACAAUUUAAAAAUGUCGGGGAUGACAGCGUUGCACAUGGCUGCCAACGUCGGGAACGCCGAUUGCAUCAGAACAUUGCUCAACGCCGGGGCAGACAUCAUAGAAAUAACUACGGAAAAGCCGUACAAUAGAGCGACGGCCCUUCAUUUGGCCGCUACCCAAAAUCAUCACGAAGUCGUCAGAGCGCUCCUUAGCUACGAGACUUUCAUUGUCGAUAAACAAGACAGUCACGGUUGGAUGCCACUCCACGUAGCCUGUUACCACAGCAACAGAGAGUGCAUCAGAUUAUUGCUGGACGCCGGCGCUGACCUGUCCGUCGUCACGAAGGACAUCGACAGAAAUUCGAGGUCAGCGAUGGAUUUUCUGGUUUUCAACGUGCCGAGACCCGUUGAUUUUCUCGAGACGAUUCUCGACGCAUGUAUCAGCAUUAAUGAGUACAAUAUAAACGAACCGAACUGUCUCAUCACCCUGGAUUACAGGAUACUGACACCCCGCGGGAGGGACAUGGAACAGAUGAAGGUCAUCAAUGCCCUCAUGUCCACCGGAAAUCAGUUCAAUCAAAAACGAUUGCUGAUUCAUCCUUUGAUAGAGAGUUUUCUCUACUUGAAGUGGAGGGCGUUGAGUCCUUUUUUUAUGAUCAUUUUAGGACUGUACGCCGUUUUUGUCGUGGCGACCACCCAACUGAUCACUGGAAUUUAUUACUAUAAGGAUAAGGGUGCGGAAAUCCCUCUCAUAUUGGAUAAGGAUAUCAGCAGCGGUAUCCUACUGUUCAGUCUGAUACCGAUCGCUGUUCAGGAAUUGUUGCACGCGAAGCAACGUUCUUGGAGUUACAUUAAUGAGCUGGAAUCGUGGGUGAAAUGCGGUUCCUUCGUCCUCUCUUUUCUAGUUGUCUUUGUCGAUCACAAGACCAACGAAUGGACCCGUCACGCAGCCGCCAUUGCUGUACUCCUAGCUUGGACGGAACUCAUGUUCCUGAUAUCUCGCUUUCCAGAAUGGGGCUACUACGUCCUCAUGUUCUCAAAAGUGGCCACGAACGUUAUCAAGGUAUUGUUGACCUUCGGCUUCCUGGUUAUCGGUUUCACGUUCAGUUUCCUUGUACAAUUUCGCGGCGAAGCUCCCUUCGGUUCGCCGUGGCAAAGUUUCGUCAAAACCUUGGUGAUGAUGACUUCGGAGUUCGAUUAUUCGGACCUGUUUGCCGAUCAAGAGAACAUGAUAGUGUCGGUGACUCUCGGAAGACUGGUGUUCGUGUCCUUUUUGGUCCUAGCUGCGAUCGUCCUGAUGAACUUGAUGGUCGGUUUGGCGGUAAACGACAUCACCGAUUUGGAGAUUCGCGGGAAGACUCAGCGUCUUUUCAAACAGAUCAGCUUUCUCUGCAGCCUGGACCUCCUCGUCUACAACGAGAUGAUCCUCAAAUGUUUUCCAAAAAGCUGGCGCGCCAGGGUGGAGAAGGGGAGGUUCAUCGACUCCAAACUCCUCAUCUAUCCCGGAAGACCACUUCGAACUAUUUUCAAAACGAUACCCUCUUCGAUAAAGGACGACGUCAUACAAACCGCAACCGCGCACCAAAAGAGCGACGAACCUUCUUUGACCGAAGUUGCCGAACGACUUGAUAAGAUUGAAAGAAUUCUCGAAAAGCUUAGAUCAAGAAGGGUCGAGCCAAUCGAAAUUUUCAAUCAAGAAAAUUGCAAGGAAUCACAUUUUAAGGAUCCGAUCGGUUCGAAAAAAGAUCUCGUUAACGUAGUCGAUCAAAAUUACCGACUUAAGGAGGAAUGCGAUUCGAAACGGGAGAAGGCCGCGCUGUCAACCGAGAAUGUAAUGCAAAAUUUACGCAGUUUGCAGACGCAAUUGGAAAACUUAAACAAAACUCUCCUCUCAAAGAAAUCCUCAACGCACGUCAUCGACCUGCAGGAAGUGUGAAGGGUCCCACUUUUAUUGUUAAAGCAGCGCGAAAAUCCGCAUAUUGGAUGCAUCGUAAUUAUUACCUUUUUUAGUCUUAAGUUUUGAUACAAACAUGCCGAAGUUUAUACACGUUCUGGUGGCUACAUGGUGUGAUUUAUUGCGUAUGAACUUACUUUACUUAUACUGGAGUGCAUAAACAUGAAUUAUAUCAAUUCGAAGUAAAAGCUCCGAAUCUGAAAACCAAAGUAGCGGUCCUCCGCUUCAGGCCGAUGUACUAAACUCUGAAGAAAUCCAGUGCAAUUAUCAUUUCAUACACUUACUUUAAUUAACAAUUAAGAACGGCAUGGAAUGCACAUGUAUUUUCAAGAAAUUUGACGGCUCAAGUGAUACAUUUCUUAAUUCUACUGUACAGUGGCACUGACGACAAAAUUAAAAAUUUUAACUUACUUAUUUACGUGGUAUAAACAAGAAUUUUCCGAAAAUUGGGUUACGCAAUUGGGUGUGUUAUGAUUUUCCUCGCUUUCGAAA